AUGUACGACAUACAGCCAUUUAGAAACUUACAGUUCGCUGGACCUUGUUAUCAAACUAAACAUCCAACUUGCACAGCGUUACCUAUCAUAAACAUAAAAUGGACUCUUCAUGGUCACCAUGCCUACUACUUUACCAUCAAAGCUACAAACUUAGCUGGUCUGUCAGUUUCGAAGACAUCGGCGAGAUACAUCCAUGAUGUUCAGCUGCCUGCAGAAGGAGUUGUUGUAGAUGUAUUUCCUACAUAUAACACUGGAACACAGCUAAAGGAUAACGAAGAUAUAGAUUUUACCUUAGAAAGAUCAACAUUAGCAGUAACAUGGUCCGGCUUUGAACAUCCACAUCAAAUUGUUAAUUUCAGUGCUUGCAUCGGGACAGUUCCCAAAAUAUGUGAUGUAUCAUCAAUGGCUAAGUUAGCUACAAUUGAUGUCCAAAUAUUUAAUGGUUUAACUCUACAUCCUUUUCAGAUGUAUUAUGUGACUAUAGAAGCAAGAACUACUGCAGGGAGUGUCAAUGUUAGCUCUGAUGGCGUCAGAGUUCUGGACAUCAACAAACAUCUUACAGGGAUUGUAGUGAGGAAUGGCAAUAACUGCUCUGACGCUCCGGGUCUUCAGCAAAGUCAUCAUAAACAGGACACCCGUCCAUCUUGUCAUGAGAACAAUGAAUUUCAAACUUCAACGACAACUUUAAGUGUGUAUUGGAACGUAUUGUCUGUUUACAAUCCAUACAUAAGAGAUGCCUUUGUCAAGGUAGAAGAAAGACUUGUUGGAAAUAUUUGGAAAGUAUUCAAAGACUACGAGUAUAUUGGUCGACACAAGUAUGCUACGUUGAGUGAUUUAGACUUAAAACCAGGAAAUUCAUACAGAGCUGUUGUGAAAUUAUGUGCUGAGAAUUUAUGUUUUCCUCCUGUGAACGGUAAUGGUGUAACAGUUUUGAUAUCUCCUCCAUCCACCGGUAACAUAACCCUUCAACUUGUGAAUAUGACAAAUAUGAAUCAGCUUUAUGUUACAUUUGAGAAGAUGUAUGAUCCUGAUAUCAAAGACCACAAAGAAGCGCAGGGUGUUGUCACAUUUUAUGAAUGGGCAUUAGGAGAUAAUGUUGGAUUACAUACAGUUUGGAAUGAAAUUGACAACUUAACAGCAGUAGACUUGGAGCAUGCACGUUUUGUGAUAUCUUUAAACAACAGUUUGGAUUUCUCAAAAUGCCGCAAGGUUUUUAUAAGAGGCUACAAUAAAGCUGGAGUAUGGUCUAUGAUUUCAAAAGAGAUUAAGAAGUGUACAAUCCAGGAUGGCGAUUCUCUGAUUGUACCGAAUAUUGUAAUAGAUGCUGUCGGAAUUCAAGAGAAAACACUGGACGGUGAAAAACUUGAUGGAUAUGGACAUGACAUCUUCUUAGAGGAAAACGGUAGAUGGGAGGUACCUGACGUUGACUAUUCACCUUAUAAAAACAUAAUCUCUGCAACAUGGCCAUUAUUACGUCACAAAAAUUAUACUUGGGCUGUGAUCAACUCAGAAAAUUUAGAUGUCACAAGUUAUUACCAGGAUGAUGCAAAGCUUCAAUUGAGGGAUCCAUGUUCGCACCCUGAUUCUGUUAAAUGUGGAUUUACAGAAAAAGAAUACAUUAACGCUAUAUUCAGUACUAAAGACGAACUAGAACAUGGUAAGCGAUACAUAGUGUGUAUCCAUGCACCAAGGAAAGAGGUAGAAUAUGAGAAAUGGACAGAGGUUUUAUAUGAAACAAAUAUUUGUAGUGAUGGAGUAACGGUUGAUCUAACACCACCUACGCCUGGUCAUGUUUGGAUUGGCAUUGAUCAUAAAAGGCAAUACCAAUCUUCAUCGUCAGACAUUUUCAUAAGUUGGGAUUCAUUUACUGAUGUAGAAGAAUAUAAAAAGACUGUCCAUAAUUCGGGAAUCAAAGAGUACCAAGUUGGAAUUGGAUCAACAAAAGGCGGAACAGAUAUAUUUCCGUUCACAUCAGUAGGACUUGUUAACCAUUACACGAUACACGAACUACCAUUUCAAGAUGGGCUACAUUCACAAAGAACACUACGGCUACAGAACGGUCACGAGUAUUACGCUACAGUUAAAGGGCUGGACUUUGCAACAAGAAGUUCGACAGCCGAUUCACACCCUGUAAAGAUUGACAACACUCCACCAGAGAAGACUAUCCAACCAAUAACUAUAAAGGGGCGACACUUGUCAGAUUUGAGUGAAAUAAAUGCUUGCUGGAGAGAUGUAUUCAUUGACAAAGAGAGUGGAAUAGAUCAUUAUCUGUGGUCUGUUGGUUCUCAUCCUGGACAUGACGAUAUCAUCCCAUUCACAAAAACAACACUAGAUUGUGGAGUAUCAGCUGAAGAUAAAACAAUCAAUAUUCACGAAGGCCAUGCUUAUUUCAUCACAGUUAAGGCUAUAAAUAGAGCCAAUUUAAUAAGCACUGCUUCCUCUUGGGCUUACGUAUAUGACAUGUCACCCCCAGUUGCUGGACAUGUGUAUGAUGGUAGUCAAGAAACAGCUACUUCAUAUAUGAAAGAUAUAGAUUACCAAACAGAUGUUAAGACCCUGUCAGCCUACUGGGAAGGAUUUCACGAUCCACAUUCUACCAUUAAGGCAUAUUAUGUCAGCAUUGGGACCUGUCCAGAAUGUGAAGAUGUAUUAGUCAAUCAGGAUAUAGGAAUAUCUAAUAAUUUUACCCUCUGUCAUAUGCAUUUGGGAUCUGGUAUACGAUACUUCACUACUAUCACAGCAUGUAAUACUGCUGACAUGUGCACACCAGUGACGUCAGAUGGGGUUAUUAUUGACAACAGUCCGCCAACACAAGGAAUAGUGUUAGAUGGCGUAGAUGUAUAUGACAUAGAAUAUCAGUCCUUAAGAAAUUACAUAUCUGCUAAAUGGUAUGGAUUUACAGAUCCUCAGUCCGGCAUAGACAGAUUUACAUGGCGAGUCGGAACACAACCGGGAUCAGAUGAUAUUGUUAAAUCUACACAUUUACCUCGCUCAGAUAUAUUGGUGGAACCAGAUUUACUACAUAACCUACCACGAGGGACAGCGUAUUUAUGUAACAAUAAAAGACUUGGUACAGAAGCUCAUUCAAACGGUUUCUUCAUAGACGACACACCACCAUUGAUGAAGGUUAAACCCUACUUGUCUACAGAAUUAGGUUCUAUCAAAGACAAUUCUAUAGUAUUCAGAAGUACAAUUAGAAUACAUUGGGAGGUAGAAGACAAAGAAUCUUUUAUACAGCGCCAGUAUCUAUCAAUAGCAUCGCACAGAGGAGGCGAAUUCAAUGCAUCUUCCACAGAAGUAAUGAGUAGAAUUGAGAGAAGCUUAAAUGGCAUUGUAAGAGAGUACACAUUUUCUCAAAUUGAUUUGCAUGAUGGCGGUUAUUAUACAGUAAAACUCAUUGUUUGUAAUGGCGCUAAAAUAUGCGUUGAAGACGAAUCUAAAGGGAUUGUAAUAGACAGCUCUCCACCAACUUCAGGCAUGUUUGCAAUUAAAACUGAUCACGCAGCAAAUCUUCAUCGACAUGUUGAUGACUGGAUGAAUUGGUCAAGGUAUAAGCUUUGGUUGUCAUGGUUAGGAUUCACAGAUCUUCAUACUGGAAUAGACAAGUACUUUGUAUCCCUUGGAAGCAAGUAUAUGACAGAUGAUUUCAAUAAGAUAUCUGGUUCACCACAGGAAUUUCUACAUAACCAGUCGGGAGUCGACAAGUAUGAUGAGGGAUAUGUUCAGACAUUUGAAGUAGAUACUAAAAACUUGGCAAAGUUUGAGCAUGUGUUUGUAAGCGUUUGGGCGGUUAACCAGAUUGGGUUACCAAGCAGAAUGAUACAUUCCCAAUUUAAACUUGUACCCGGAGGUUCAUUAGAAUUGAUAAGGAGAUGUUCAGCGGUCACGUGUCAAGGACAUUGUGUUUGUGCUGCUCAAGGACAACGCUGUUCAAAACGAGCAUGUUAUGAUGUGACCAAAGCAAAUAAUAACAACUUGUUAGGCAUAUAUGAUACAACAAAUAUUCAGGAAUCCUCUCCCUUUAGUGAUGUGAAGUAUACACCAUCAAAUGUCGCCCUGGCUGCCAAAUGGCAUGUAGUACAAGCUCAAGGCUUGAGACCGUUAUGGUAUGAAUGGACAGCAGGAUAUUCAGAUAAGGGAGAACCGGAAGGAGUCUUUGACAAUUUAAAUGAAGAUGUCUGGCAUCAUGCAGGACAAACAAAUCAGGCAAUAUUGAACAUUAAAAGAGGUCAGCGGUUAAAGGAAUCACCAGUAUCGUAUUCUAUGUUUGUGAGAGUAUGGUAUGAUGACGACACAUUUGCUGAUUUUAAAACAGAUGGAAUAUUAGCUAUGUCCACUCCUCUACCAAAACGAAAAAUUAAAGGAUCGGCGAUUGUAGAGCAAAUACCCGGUCAUUGGAAGAAGGAUAUUGAUUAUAUUAAACCUGGAGCUCCUUUCACAAUCAGAUGGACAAACGUGUUUAAGGAUGAUACUAAGAUUAUUGACAAGUUUAAAGUGUAUCUUAGUACAUAUCCAGGAGGUCAUGAUAUCCAUGAAGUGGAAUUGGAUCUUCCAGGAUCAAUUACGUCUCAUAACAUCAGCCGAGUGCCAUUAUCUCCAGGGAAAGUUUUUUACAGUAAUGUUGUAGGAUACAGCUACUCUGGUAUCCAUGCUACUGAAUCAUCAGACGGUAUCAUGGUAGACUCACUUCCACCAGUUACUGGUACAGUCUACGAUGGUAUAGGUAUACACGACAUUGAUUACCAGAACAAUUCAGAUGUUACCGGGGCUUCAUGGCACGGCUUUUCUGACCGAGAUUCUGGAAUAACACAUUACAUGUGGUGUGUACAAACUAGAUCUAAAACUACAACAUGUGAUGUUAGAGACUGGGAAAAUGUUGGCAUUCAUCAUUCUGUGUCCAGAAUUAUUAACAGCUCACGCAUUGAUACAGAAAUCGAGAGUCUUGUUUAUGCAAUGGAUGUUAUAGGACAUAAAUCUAAAACUGUAAAAUCAAAUGGCAUCGUGAUUGACUCUACUCAUCCAGAACCUACAUUAAUGGAACAUUUAGAUCAUAAUGAAGCUGUAAAUCCUUCAUUUGAGGAUACAGACGGUGGUGUACCUAUUGACUGGGAUAAUAUAACCAAUAUCAAUUUAUGCAAUUCUAUUGUACGUGCCUCCGAAUGGAAUACAUCAAUAGGGAGCUGCGUGGGUGUCUUAAAGUCCGAUAAAAAUCUAGCAAUAGACGGAAGGUCCUUCGUAUUUGUUGAAGGCCAAAUAUCACAAACAUUAAGUAAUCUAAAAGCUGGACAUUUAUUCCGUGUUACUUUUGUAACCGCUCAUCCACCCAUACUUGGGGCUGUUUUAGCUAAUAAAGAAGGAUAUGUAGAAAUUGGACAUAAAAGACACGUCUUCAUGGUCUACACAAAGCAUGACAAACACGGUAGUUCCUCUAAAGAAUUAAACUGGCAUCACCACACAUUCUAUUUCCGUGCCUCUACUUUCGGAGAAACAAUUAGUAUUGGAAGUAUGACUGGUCAUACCGGCAUUUUGUUCGAUGGUUUGAAAGUUCAGAGGACCAUCUUUCAUCAUCACAGUGAUGAAAAUGAAAAUGGCAAACAUAUUCACGCACAUGUGGUUGCCUUGCAUCAAUGGUCGUCGAUUCAUGCAUCUUGGAAUUUUGUUGAUCCAGAGAGUCCGAUCAUAGAUUACAUGUGGGCUAUUGGCUAUACAGAGGGAAGCACAGAAGUCCAAGGAUUCACAAGUGUCGGUCUGAAUAAUUUUGCUUACAACUACAACGUCAGCUUAGCCCAUACGUCAGUUAUUCAUAUCACUGUCAUCGCUACAAAUGCUGCAGGAUUGAGACACGAGGUGCAUGCCGAAGACUUGCUUGUUGACCUAACGCCACCGUAUAUAGAUUUUAUAAAUGAUGGAAUAGGAUCUGACAUUGACGCACAAACUACCGAUGAAGUAUCUGCUAAUUGGGAGGUACAUGACUCUGAAUCUGGGAUUGAUGUCUGCGAAUGGGCAGUCGGUUACCAACCGUUCGGCAAUGAAAUUCAAACAUUUCAAGAAUUAGUUAAAGGAGUAAACAGGGUAUCAAAAGUGUUUCCCAGCAGCCAAAUAUCAAUGCAAAUGGUCCACGUGACCUUACGAUGUAGAAGUAAAGCCGGAUUGAUGUCUUCCAAGUCUACAAACGGUGUUAAAAUAUCAAAUCUUCCACCAAAUACAACGACUGCUGAAGUAGAAAUUCUACCUCAUACAUUAACAGAGUAUAACCCUAGACAUCAUUAUCAGGGUGAUACAUCAUAUGUAAGAGUAAAAUGGACAGGAUUUGAGGAUAUGACAGGUGUCGAUUCCUACCUUCUUACUUUUCACAGCCAAGAUAAGACAACUGUGAUUUCUAAAUCAAUAAUCGCCGAGGAGCAAGAUACCUCCUUUUGUGUGUUAAAAGGACUAGAUCUUAGGACUGGAAACUUUACCACUAGUAUAAAAGCUGUAAACAAAAUGUAUCUUAGGAGCAAACCUGUGUCUUCAAAUGUCGUAGUUUCAUCCAAAGUUCCUGCAUUGAUAGAGAACCCGCACUUACAACUGGUUUUAGAUAACCGUACAAUAACGUCCUCUUGGGAAGAUCACUUUAAAGUUCAUCAACCUUUGUAUUAUGAGGUGUCAGCAGGAACAACGCUAGGUGGCGCUGAUAUUAUACAGUGGCAAGAAACAAAGAACACAUUCCUAGAAUUCCAACUUCCUCAAAAGAUCAAAUCACUGAGAGAUUUGACUGGAUAUAUAUCUGUCCGAUGUGUUUCAGCAAAUGGAAUGACAUCAGUGUUAAAUGCUGCUGUCAAAUUAUAAAUACAUGAAUAACAAACUUUAAUGCCGUGACCGUCCUUUCAUAAAUUCUGUGAUACUUUUUUGAUUUUAUUAGCUAGUUGAUAU